CGUGGCUCGGCGCCGCCAUCUUGUGGGGCUGCGCGAGGAGCCGCGGGCGGUGCGGAGCAGCAAGCGCGGAGCUCGGCGCCGCCGCCGCCAUGGUGCUACUGGCCGCAGCGGUCUGCACAAAGGCGGGGAAGGCCAUUGUCUCCCGACAGUUUGUGGAGAUGACUCGAACCCGCAUCGAGGGACUACUGGCAGCUUUCCCGAAACUCAUGAACACUGGGAAGCAGCACACUUUUGUGGAAACAGAGAGUGUGCGGUAUGUAUAUCAGCCAAUGGAGAAGCUCUACAUGGUGCUGAUCACCACCAAAAACAGCAACAUCCUGGAAGACCUGGAAACACUCCGACUUUUCUCCAGAGUGAUCCCUGAAUAUUGUCGAGCUCUAGAGGAGAAUGAGAUCUCCGAACACUGCUUCGACCUGAUUUUUGCCUUUGAUGAAAUUGUUGCUCUGGGCUACCGUGAAAAUGUAAACCUGGCACAAAUUCGGACCUUCACUGAGAUGGACUCACAUGAAGAAAAAGUGUUCCGAGCUGUCCGAGAGACUCAGGAACGUGAGGCAAAAGCUGAGAUGCGCCGUAAAGCAAAGGAAUUGCAGCAGGCCAGGAGGGAUGCAGAGAGACAGGGCAAAAAGGCACCAGGUUUUGGUGGGUUUGGUAGUUCAGCUGUAUCUGGAGGCACAACUGCAGCAAUGAUCACAGAGACCAUCAUUGAAACAGAGAAGCCUAAAGUGGCACCAGCACCUGCCAGGCCCUCAGGUCCUAGUAAAGCUCUGAAGCUUGGAGCUAAAGGGAAGGAGGUGGAUAACUUUGUGGACAAGCUGAAAUCAGAAGGAGAAAAUAUCAUGACUUCUGUUGGCAAACGCUCCACAGAGGCAGCCAAAGUUCUUGCUCCUCCCAUCAACAUGGAGAGCGUGCAUAUGAAAAUAGAAGAAAAAAUUUCCUUGACUUGUGGCCGUGAUGGAGGAUUGCAGAAUAUGGAGCUGCAUGGCAUGAUUGUACUGCACAUCUCUGAUGAAAAGUGUGCACGGAUUCGCCUGCAUGUAGAGAAUGAAGACAAGAGGGGAGUACAGUUACAGACCCACCCAAAUGUGGACAAGAAGCUCUUCACUGCGGAAUCGCAGAUUGGUUUGAAGAACCCAGAGAAAUCAUUCCCUAUUAACAGUGACGUGGGUGUGCUGAAGUGGAGGUUGCAGACCACAGAAGAGUCCUUCAUUCCUCUGACAAUUAACUGCUGGCCAUCAGAAAGUGGGAACAGUUGUGACGUGAACAUUGAAUACGAGUUGCAAGAAGAGAGCCUAGAACUGAAUGAUGUGAUCAUCACCAUCCCUUUGCCGUCUGGUGUCGGGGCACCAGUGAUUGGGGAGAUUGAUGGCGAGUAUCGCCAUGAUAGCCGGAGAAACCUCCUUGAGUGGUGCCUGCCAGUGAUAGAUGCCAAAAACAAGAGUGGCAGCCUGGAAUUCAGCAUAGCAGGGCAGCCAAAUGACUUCUUCCCAGUGCAAGUCUCCUUCGUCUCCAAAAAGAACUAUUGUAACAUACAGGUUACCAAAGUGACCCAGGUAGAUGGGAACAGUCCUGUAAGGUUUUCUACUGAGACCACCUUCCUGGUGGACAAGUAUGAAAUUCUGUAAUGCCAGCUGUGGGAAAUCGUGAAGGAAAUUUUUAAAUUAAAAAAAAUAUAAAUAAAAGAGGCCGAAGUUGAUUCUGAAUGUCUGGAACGCCGCAGUCCUCUCUGCUAAGACAUGUGACUCUGUUGGCCAUUUGCAGUGUUCCUGGGUCAUAGACAUUUUUUGGCAGAGUAUUGACAUGAUCACAGGAGGAAAGACUGCAAAUUUCUUUGGCAGAUUUUUUACUGGCCAGCAGAAAAGCAAGAUCUCCGCAGAGAACACUUCCCCUUCUUGCAAGAAGCUGACUAGAGCUCAGUCCCAGAGCAUGCUAGACAUUAUUCUCUUCCUUUUUUUAAACCUCACACACACUUCUGUUAUUGGUGCUGCCAUUUUAAUUUUUCCUCUGCCUUCAACUUGUGUUUCUAUUGAUGAAAGCAGACAUUAAGAUAAUAUGUACAAGGGCAUUUUGCUUCACUGGACCACUUCUGUCUGGUAGAAGUGGAACAAGUUGACUCCAAUUUCUAAGGUGGGGGUUGUGGCAGGAGUUAUGAGUCUUAGCUGAGAUGCUCUGUCCUUUUGGCUCCGCACCAUCAUUUGCUGUCCCCUCAGCCCUGCUUUACAGUGAUGAACCUAUGUUUGGGCUUAUCAGGAGGCCUGUAGGCCUCCUGUUUGGUGUCUUUAGAUCAGAGUGGGCUUGUAGGGAGCAGAGACUGCACCUCUGAAUUGUCUAGUUGCUGCUGCGAAGGAAGGACCAUCCAGAAGUGACCCACGUCCCAUUUUAGGGUCUGUGUCUAUUGCGAUAGCUCUUGGGCCAAAAUUUUAAAGCAGUUUCGUUCAUUUAGAACCAUCUGUGUAUCCCGACUUGAGCUGCUCGAGUUUCUUGGUAAGUCGAACCACUUUGCCUGCCAGGGUGAGGACCUGUGAAGAGGUAUGGAGACUAGUUUAUUCAGCCUGUGCACUGAUUGCAAGUUCUAUUAGGACCUGUCUGAAACUAGUGUUUUCUCUGAGCCCUUUGCAAUGUAGGAGGAAAAUGAUACUAGUUUCCAGAGUACAUGCUGGACUGAUGUGACCUUUGUGGAGCAUUAACAGCACCUGAGUGUUAUUUGUCAUCACAGAGACAUUCCUUCUCUGACUGCCUGCAUAGCAUUAUUUAAUUCAUCCCACAGAGUGUGCUCUCUUCAGAAUUCAUCUUGCCCAUUUGAUUCGGGGGCCUGUCACUGAGUGAGCGGUCGGUGGUCCUAACCUGGCUCCUGCUGGGUUGUAACUGGCCAACGACAUGGUGCCUUGCUGCUGUAUGAAAGGCUACUGGCUCUGAGCAGUGAGAGAGUCGGGCGGCACGCGUCCUGUCCUCGUAAGUCCUAAAAACUUACGUAGUGUGCUUCAAGAAGAGUACUUCCAUGAGAGUAAGUGCAUGUCAGUUCCCACAGGGUCAUCUGCCAAAGAAGUUAGCAGUCUCUCUUCCGUUAAUAGUACGCACCAGUGAGGAAAUAAGCCCUGUUCUUUUGAUGGGAGGGUGGUGUGUUCUAUGAGAAGGGAAGCCAGCCCUGUUCUGUAGCAAAGUAGACAAUGAAUCCUAUUAAUUCAGUUCUGUUCAAGAGUUGCUUGUCUGUAUGAUUUUAAAAUGGAGUCGAAUUUAGUUCGAACAUCAAAGGAGCGUUUUUCUUAAAUUUUGAGCGUAAUAUUUAAAAAAAGAAACCCAUUUUUUGUAACCCUGUACAAUAAUGGCCUAGGGACUAGAACACAUUCCAGUGUAUACAAGAAUACAAAUUCUUUAAUCAAAUAAAGAGUAUUAUAAAAGGAAA